AUGGCUGACCCCUCGACAUCACCAAUAUCGCAACCUUCAGUGAUGAAUGUCGAUCAACUAAGUGCGCAACCAUUACCAAGGCAACCCCAGCCGCCAUACUAUCCAACACAGUCACAAUUACCCGUACCGCCAACGAUGGCAGAAGUUCAACCGCCGCCCCCAGGAUUGUCACCACGUCCCGUAGAUUUUAAAGAUAUUAAAGAGUUAUUAAACGAUCGAAAGAAAUUACAUGCUGAUUUACAGCUCUAUUGUACCGAUGUUGUUCUAACAUCAGCAAGGGAUCGAAUUUUGAACGAAUUAGAUGAAAGAGGAAAAGAAGCUUUGAAAGAUAUUAGUCCUGACUCGGAGAUAAUAAAAUUAAGAUUUGAAGAAGCUGCAGCAUUACAUAAAAAUUUUACCGAUGCUGUUGAAGAACUUAAAUUGAAGAGUACUGGCCCUGAUGAAGUUAUGCAAGAUACCCCUUCUACUGAGGAGAGUGAUGCUAAUAAACCAUCUGAACGUAGAGGUCAGAAUCGUGGAGGUUACUGGCAAUCAAGAGGUGCACCAAGGCAUGCACCUUAUCAAAAUCAAGCUCAAGGUCAACGUCGACGUGACUGGGGCGCACGUGAUGACCGGGAUUAUAGAGAACGUCGUGGAGAUGAGCAUUAUAAUAGAGAUCGUCGUGACGAAUAUCCCCGCAGGGAUUAUGAUCGUAGACAAGAUUUUCGUGGUCCUCCUACCCCUUCUCCAGCUUUUAAUCGUGAAAGACCGCAAAUGGAUUCAUAUGAUAGGAGGCCUGAUGAUAGUAGGCAUCCUCGAGAUCAUCGAGGUCCACCGCUUCCUUUAACAAUAGGUCCUCCAAAACCUUCACCAUCUAUUUAUGACGCCCCACCGAUGCCUCCUAUGCCACCAAACGUUCCCAACCCAUCUAUUCAAUCACCACAGCCAGGAUAUGACUAUACCUCUUACUCAGCUGAUCAACAAUAUUCUUCUGUUUACCCUGGUUAUUUUCCUCAAUAUCCUCAAGACUCUUCGACAAAUGGCCAGAGUUAUCAAUAUUCUACUGUAUCUACAUCAGCUGGCUGGGAUACGCAAACUAAUCCAAUGCAGUCUGUUCCAAUACAAUUAGCUUCUUUCAAUUGGAAUCAACCAGGGAGACAUACUGCAAUACCUUUACCAACUGAUUUUAUGUCUGGUCCUAGCAAUGCGCCUCGACUAUCGAUGCCUGAACCACAUGAUGUACUCGGUGUUAUUAAAGGUGUGAUUAUACGUGAUGCACAAGGCAACAUUGGAUUAAGCCAUACCAUUACAACCAAUUAUAAUAUAGGUGGAAUUUGGGUAAUUUUUGACGAAUCUUUCGACUACAAAAAAAUUAUUGGAAAAGAACCUUUGCAAAAAAAAUAA